AAAAAAAGAUGAUGGGAGGUUGGGCAGUAGUAGAAGUGGAAGAGAGACACCACUAAGUCUUAGGAGUUGUUCAUCACGGUAUCAAUCAACAUUUGGGCUCACAUCAUUAAACCUUCACAAUCAUUGAAGUACGUCAUUAAAUUGUCGCCGGAACAAACUAUCAAUUCAUUGUGGAAACAGAAGAUCACAAGAGAAUCUAAGUGAAAGUGUUUGAACCAUUACCUCAUACAAACUAAGCAGCUCAUGUCACAGCUGCUGUGUAUUUGUGAUUCCAUAAA